AUGGUUUCUUUGGGCUCUUUAUUCAGUAUUUUGCCUCACAUUAUGCCAGAUAUUCCAUAUUUCGUUCUUCCCCGUACUGGUGAUCACAUCCCAGCCGUUGGCUUUGGCUCUGGAACUAAGCACAAAGCUAUGAAGUUCAAUAAGCCUGAGUAUAGCAUGACUAUCGAGAACCCUCAGCUAACAAAAGUUUUCAUCGAUACCAUUGGUGCCGGCUUUAAUCAUUUGGAUACUGCAGAAUGCUACUUAACUAGACUUGAGAUUGGUAAAGCUGUCAAUGAAUCGGGAGUGGAUCGCUCCAAAAUGUGGAUCACUGAUAAAUAUGACCAAGGUUGGGUACUCAAUGGAAUUCUCUAUAGAUCAAACUCGCCUUCGGGCCCUUAUUCUUCUUUAAAGAAAGGACUUAAAUUGAUGAACUUAGACUACAUUGACUUGUUUCUAAUACACGGUCCUUAUUUUAUGAAGGCUACUUGUAACGUGACUGUAGAAGACGCCUGGUUGCAGAUGGAACGUUUAUUGGAUGAGGGACUUACUCGAAACAUUGGUGUUUCCAAUUUUGACAUUCCUCUACUAAAAAGGGUCUUGAAGGUUUGUAAGUACAAACCUCAGGUCGAUCAGAUCGAGUAUCACUUGUACCUACAACAGGAGGAGACCAGAAAUUUUUGCAAGGAGAAUGACAUUCUUGUCGAAGGUUUCGCUCCAUUGACACCAAUUAUCGAGAGUAAAGUGGGUCAUGAUAAGCCGUUAGAGCCGGUUAUCAAAGAAAUGUGUCAGAAAUAUAACGUGGAGGCAAAUCAACUUCUUUUAAGAUGGAACUAUCAAUCUGGUGUUCUUCCUAUUACUACCAGCAGUAAUAUAGAUAGAAUGAAGAAUACUUUUAAGAUGUUUGAUUUUGUGUUGGAAAAAGAUGAUUUCGACAGGUUAAAGGAGGUCGGUAAACGUUAUCACUAUAGAGGCUUUUUCAAUGACUAUUUUGAGCGCUCUAAAUGA